GCGCCCGCGGGGCCGGGUGCGAUGGCGGCGGUGGCUGCGUUGCACCUGGGGCUGCGGGCGGCGGGGCUGCGGGCGGCGGGGCUGGGACGGGCCUCGGCCAGCGCCGCCUGGAGGAGCGUCCUCGGGGUCUCCCCGCGCCCAGUUUCGCUCUUGUUGCCCAGGCUGGAGUGCAGUGGCGCAAUCUCGGCUCACAGCAACGACCUCCUCCCAGGUUCAAGCGAUUCUCCUGCUUCAGCCUCCGGAGUAGUUGGGAUUACAGGGGUGGCCUGGAGGCCAAGCAGAUGUGGCAGUUCUGCAGCAGAAGCAUCUGCCACAAAAGCGGAAGAUGACUCCUUUCUUCAGUGGGUCCUGCUCCUCAUCCCUGUGACUGCCUUUGGCUUGGGGACGUGGCAGGUCCAGCGUCGGAAGUGGAAGCUGAACCUGAUUGCAGAGUUGGAGUCCAGAGUUCUGGCUGAGCCUGUCACUCUGCCAGCAGACCCAAUGGAACUGAAAAAUCUGGAGUAUAGGCCAGUGAAGGUCAGGGGGUGCUUUGACCACUCCAAGGAGCUGUAUAUGAUGCCCCGGACCAUGGUGGACCCUGUCCGGGAGGCCCGGGAGGGCGGCCUCAUCUCCUCCUCAACUCAGAGUGGGGCCUAUGUGGUCACUCCCUUCCACUGCACCGACCUGGGGAUCACCAUUCUGGUAAAUAGAGGGUUCGUUCCCAGGAAGAAAGUGAAUCCUGAAACCCGGCAGAAAGGCCAGAUUGAGGGAGAAGUGGACCUCAUUGGGAUGGUGAGGCUGACAGAAACCAGGCAGCCUUUUGUCCCCGAGAACAAUCCAGAAAGGAACCACUGGCAUUAUCGAGACCUGGAAGCUAUGGCCAGAAUCACAGGCGCAGAGCCGAUCUUCAUUGAUGCCAACUUCCAGAGCACAGUCCCUGGGGGACCCAUUGGAGGGCAAACCAGAGUUACUCUGAGGAACGAGCAUCUGCAGUACAUCGUGACCUGGUAUGGACUCUCUGCAGCUACAUCAUACCUCUGGUUUAAGAAAUUCCUACGUGGGACACCUGGUGUGUGACAGAUCAGCUGCUAAAGCCUUGUCCCUGAAUAAUGAAGUAUUUCAAGACUGCCUUUAUGCUGGAUCAUGUGCUAUUGGUAUAAAGUUCUGGCCUCCUACCUUAAA